GGCGAGGCGCAGGGCCAGGGCUGCAGGAGCGCUUUUCCUGUGGAAUACCUGCCUGCCUCCCCACCCGCGGCCCCGACGCUGCGGGAACGCGCCGCCGCCGUGCGCGGAGCGGGGCGGCCCGCCAACCACAGGCAGAAGGCGUGCGCUCAGCCUCCCUCGCCGCGGGGCAGGUGGGGCCGGCCGAGGGCGCGGUUGCUCCUGAGCGUCGCUGCUUUCCUGGGGCGAGUCCGCGGCUCGUGGGGCGCCUGCUUUCGGUAGAGUCUUGCUUAGAGAAGAUAGUCAUGGCUUCCGUUUGGGUUGGUGCUAGGGGAACAGUGCGGGAUUACCCUGGCUUUAAUGCAUCAAGGGAUGCGGAGGCAAUCCGGAAAGCGAUUAGGGGAUUAGGCACAGAUGAAAAAACUCUGAUCGACAUCCUUACUGGGAGAUCAAAUGCGCAGCGGCAGCUGAUUGCUAAAGAGUACAAGGCAGUGGCCGGAAAGGAACUGAAAGAUGCUUUGAAAGGUGAUCUGUCGGGCAAUUUGGAGCGUGUUAUGGUGGCUCUUGUUACACCUCCAGCGGUGUUUGAUGCCAAGCAACUCAAGAAAUCCAUGAAAGGAUCUGGAACGGAUGAGAAGGCUCUGAUUGAGAUCCUUGCCUCCCGGACCAGCCGGCAAAUGAAAGAAGUCUCCCAGGCAUAUUAUACAGUUUACAAGAAGAGCCUUGGGGAUGACAUCAGCUCCGACACGUCCGGGGACUUCCAAAAAGCCCUGCUAACGCUGGCAGAUAGCCGAAGGGAUGAAAGUCAGAGAGUGGAUGAACAGGCUGCAAAGAAGGAUGCGCAGAUCCUGUACAACGCUGGUGAGAAGAGGUGGGGAACAGAUGAAGAUAAAUUCAUCGAAGUUCUGUGCUUCAGCAGCUUCCCUCAACUGAAACUGACCUUUGAUGAAUACAGAAACAUCAGCGGAAAGAAAAUAGAAGACAGUAUACAAAGCGAACUGUCAGGAAGUUUUGAAGACUUACUGCUGGCCAUCGUGAAAUGUGCCAACAACACUCCGGCAUUCUUUGCGGAAAGGCUGAACAAGAGUCUGAAGGGAGCAGGGACUGAUGAAUUCACACUGAACAGAAUCCUGGUGACAAGAUCAGAAAUCGACCUUUUGGAUAUCCGCGCUGAAUAUAAGAAGCUCUACGGUGUCUCUUUGUAUUCUGCUAUUAAUUCGGACACUUCUGGAGAUUACGGGACCACGUUGCUCCGUCUCUGCGGCGGAGACGACUGAUGGGAACCAACCCGGGCAGAAGCUCCGAAGCACGUUCUACCUAAGUGCACUCCGCCGAUCUCAUUUUUCUGCAGAGCUUUUAACUAUGUAAGCCAGUUUGAAUGGUCACCACUCUUCUGAUUGGUUUCUCAUGAAGCAUCGUGACAGACAGAUGCUUCUUUGAGCAUCUCCCUGCCUUUGGUGGCGCUCCUUUCACCCCACACUGUGAUCCUGUGGAUAAGACCUGUGCCUGAAAUGGUAUGCGCCAAACCUGCCAGCCUUACAAAAACCGCAGGCUUCUGCUUGGAUCAUUAAAAGGUAUCGAAGCAAUGA